CCAUCUCUUGGUCUCCUUAUCCACCUCUGUCAUUCAGCCCAUUGAAGGCAACCUUCGCCGGAUUCCUCCUAAGCUGAAGUUGUUGAACGAGAGGCAAAAGUGGAGGAUCUUAAGAUGGCUGAUGCUAUCGCUAGAUAUUGGUGUCAUAUGUGUUUGCAAAUGGUAAACCCAGUUAUGGUGCUGGAGCUCAAAUGUCCCUUUUGUGACAGUGGAUUUGUAGAAGAAAUGGGUGGAAGGGAAGUACCUAGAACUGAAGCCAUUGGAUCUGAGAGAAUCCUUACUCCUUGGGCUUCUAUUCUGCUAGAGUUGAUAGGGGAUCCUUCCAAUCACCCGCGUGGCCAGAGGAACUCGACAAUCGAUGGUGAAGAUGACUCUGAUCUGGAGCGGGAGCUGGAAUCCAUCCUUUCAAGGAGGCAGACGGAGGUGGAGGUCGAUAACAUGAGGAUUAGGAGGGAAGAAGAGGAAGAAGAGUCGGAAACCGAACGCGAAUUGCAGUCGAUUCUGCGGAGGAGAAGGCGUAGCACUGCCAUACGUCAACUGCUUCGGAGCCUUCGUGAAGAUUUUAGGUCAGAAUCUCAUGAAACUGAGAGUGAGAUUGACAUAGAAUGGGACUGGGAAAAUGAGAAUUUGGUUCUGAUUGAUUCUUCUUACCAGGAGAUUAUCCUUCAAGGCUCCAUCGAUUCAGGUCAGAACCAAAACCAGGAUUCUGAUAAUACAGCUUUCGGUGCCUCCAUUGGAGAUUACUUUAUCGGAUCGCGAGUGGAUUUGCUGUUGCAGCAUUUGGCAGAGAAUGAUCCCAACAGAUAUGGCACACCACCUGCCAAGAAAGAGGCUGUGGAUGGGAUGCCUGUUGUGAAAAUUGAGGAGAAGAUGAGUUGUUCAGUCUGUUUAGAGGACUUCGAAAUCGGAAUGGAAGUUAGAGAAACACCUUGCAAGCACAAGUUUCAUGGUGAAUGCAUUGUACCAUGGCUUCAGCUCCAUAGUUCAUGCCCGUUGUGCAGAUUUCAGUUGCCUGCAGAUGAAACAAGGUCCUCUAAUGAGGCAGCUGAUGGCAAUAGGAUAGAGGGAUUUGGCAGAGAUGGCCGGGUUAGACGUAGGAGGAAUAGAUCCGUGACUCUUGUCCCAUGGCCCGCGGAAGACGAGCUCUUUUUCUCAGGUUCUCGUACUGAUCUAAAUUCUUCCUCUUCCCCAACUUCAUCUUCGGCAUCUGAUCAUAAUAUUCCUGCAGAUGAAAACUAAAGAAAACAGUUGUGUGGUAUGAAAUGGCUUGAAUGAAGUUCCAGCAGUUGGUUUCCUGGGUUCUCCAUAUUAAACGAGGCUUGUUGGUACCCUUCACUGCUUUUUGGUUGUUUUCCUGUUAUGUAGCUUUCCUUGUUUCAUCUGGCAACAAAAUUUAUGAUAUCUUAAAUUCUGUUUUCCAUGCAUUUAUUUGUGUCAAGUUCUGUAAAUAGACGAGGCUUGUUAGUUUGCAUAAGCUGAGGCUCAUAUGUGCAAUGAGUUUCUGAUUAUUGGAAGGCAUGAUGAGUGGGAGAGAUGUUUUAUUAAUAUAAUGUCAAGGAAGUACAUUGGUUGCUUCAAUUGCUACGCAGAAAAGGCGGUUAGGGACUGGAAUAGCUGAUAUGUAUCCAUUUUAUUUAUGCACUAUAUUGUUAUUUUCUUUUCUCUGAUGAUAGGUAUCACGCCUUUGAAAUUAGAAUUCUCUGUUUCAGUAGCAAAAAACUUGCUUUUUGGUUUAAAAAAUGUAUAAUUGACAGGAACAUGGAAUGUCAAUGAGUUCUCUGUUUCAGUGGCAAAAAGAUUGCUUUUUGGUUUAAGAAAUGUAUAAUGGACAGAUAGAUUUGUUUGGCUUUCAAAAUUUAUUCUGAAAAUGGUUCUCUUAUUUUUAUGAAUGCUGCAGAUGCAAAUAUUAGAGAAUACUUUGAUUAUCAUUUCUUCUGGUUGGAUGGAUCAUGAAAAUGCAAAUAUAUAUUUUCGGUGCACUUUUUUAUGGUAUCUCUAAAUUCAUCUAUUGGUUGGGGAUUUGCAUGCCCACUAAUGCUUUGAAUACCUUAUGUGAUUUGUUAUAUGCCAAUUUUAGAGAAAACUUAGCAUCAAGCUUUAUUUUUCUUCCAUUGUUUUUCUUUUCUCUCAUCUCCAUGGCAACACUAUUGUUGCUAAUAUUUGAUGGUUAUAUUUCAAUUGUUUUGUACAACACUUCUUUGAGAAAUCACUAUUGCACUACUCGUAUCUCAUUAAUUUUUGUUGCUAAAACUUUUUGGCAUGACUUUAUGAAGGGAAAAAAUUGCAAAAUGAAGGGAAAAAAUUGCAAAUAACUAAACUUAUCUGUUUCGUCUGAAGGAAUAACCUGUUAAUUGAAGAAUGAAAAUCUUAUGCUAUUCAUGUUUCUGUUUUCAGGUUUCCAUAGAGUUUAUGAAUAGAAUCAUAGGGAGAAUAUGCAUUGAGUGAAAGCCUUGCUCCAGAGUCAUGUUGUGUUUUGUGCAGAUUUUAGUAACUGUACUUUUCAAUGUGUUUGUAUUACUCUCGUUAAGUUAAAAACCAGUUAAGUGAUAGACUGAUUACUAGAUUGAGCUUGAUAUCAACAUGCUUGCCAAUUAUGUCGUAGGCCUUGAUAUCAGUACUCAUGGUUUGUUUUUUUUUUUAUUAUUAAA